GCGUAUUUAAAGAUGAUUUACUCCCCAGCUCGAUGCUUUGCUUUGCAGGUCUCACACAGACGCUGUUUGACACCAGGCUUGAACAUGCACGCGGCUCAGCUUUCCUCCCUGCCCAAACUCUCUCUGGAGGAGGACAGGGAGUCUGGCAUCAGAUCCACUCUUGACCUCACUGGCAGCUCUGAGUGCUACAAUGAACGUCCCAAUCGCCUCCCGACUGUACUGUCGAUAAACAGAGGCAGUGAACACAGAGAAAAAGAAAACUCUCCGCACACCACAGCUUUGAGUCCAGGCAAGAUCAAGCAGCGUCUUAUCAAUCUAUCAAAGUUCCCUCUGCUUUUCAUCCUCCUCUUCCUCUUCAUUUGCUCGUUGGACACGCUGAGCUCUGCCUUCCAGUUAGCAGGGGGUAAAGUGGCGGGGGACAUUUUCCAGGACAAUGUCGUGCUGUCCAACCCCGUGGCAGGACUGGUGGUGGGGAUCCUGGUCACCGUCCUCGUUCAGAGCUCGUCCACCUCCACCUCCAUUGUUGUCAGUCUGGUGGCCUCGGGAUUGUUGAAAGUGAAGUUGGCCGUUCCAGUUAUCAUGGGCACGAAUAUCGGAACCUCUGUCACAAACACCAUCGUAGCCAUGAUGCAGGCCGCAGAGAGAAACGAGUUUCAACGGGCCUUCGCCGGAGCAACAGUCCACGACUGCUUCAACUGGCUGUCGGUGCUGGUGCUGUUGCCCUUGGAGGUGGCGAGCGGGGUCAUUACCCAUCUGUCCCAGUGGCUGGUCAGUGUCUUCAGACUGCAGCCUGGGGAGGAAGCACCUGAGCUGCUGAAGGUCAUCACUGAGCCGGUCACCAAGCUCAUUAUACAGCUGGACAAAUGUGUGAUCACAGGGAUCGCCAUGGGAGAUGAGGUCCUGAGGAACCGGAGCCUGGUGAAACAGUGGUGCCGGGCCGACACAGCCUUGUCUGCUGCCAAUAAAAGUGCUGAAGACUGUGGUCUCGGCUCUCACUUAUCCUCAACACCUGUCAAGUGCCGACAUUUGUUUGCUUCUACAGAACUGUCAGACCUCACGGUUGGGCUAAUUCUCCUAGCAGCCUCUCUGGCCGUCCUCUGCACAUGUCUGCUGCUUCUGGUCAAGCUGCUCAAUUCUCUGCUUCAAGGUCAAAUGGCAAAGGUCAUCCAUAAAGUCAUUAAUACAGACCUGCCAUAUCCAUUCGGAUGGCUGUCGGGGUACAUCGCCAUGUCUGUAGGCGCCGGGGUUACGUUUGUCGUCCAGAGCAGCUCCGUCUUCACCUCAGCUAUGACUCCUCUAGUUGGAAUUGGUGUCAUCAGUCUGGAGCGGGCCUAUCCGCUCACACUGGGCUCCAACAUCGGCACCACUGCCACCGCCUUACUGGCAGCUCUGGCCAGUCCUGGGAACAAGAUAGUAGCUUCCAUCCAGAUUGCUCUGUGUCACCUCCUCUUCAACGUUUUUGGCAUCCUGCUGUGGUAUCCUGUUCCGUUCAUGCGUCUGCCCAUCAGGAUGGCUUACGUUCUGGGGGAACGCACGGCCAAAUACCGCUGGUUUGCCAUCCUGUACCUUCUCUUGUGUUUCCUGCUCCUUCCAUCCCUGGUGCUGGGCCUUUCCCUGGCUGGCUGGCAGGUGAUGGCUGGAGUUGGGGGUCCGUUUUUGGGCAUCACUCUCUUCAUUGCUGUCGUAAAUACGAUGCAGGCUCACAGCCCCCGGCAUCUGCCCACCAAACUCCGAACCUGGGACUUCCUGCCCAAGUGGAUGCACUCUCUCAAACCUCUUGACCGCUUGAUAACGAAGGCAACUGUCUGCUGCAGUUUCACUUGCGAGGCAGGUCAGAACGAAGAGAAGGAGGACGAAGAGCCGAUCUCACCGCACGCAACGUCUGUCAGAACACAGGACGAGUCCGGUUCGUCCCAGAGGAAAGAACAGCUGGCUUAUAAUAACCCGGUUCUGGACUGCUUGGAAGAGAUCAGACCAGGUGUGCCGGUUUUCAAAUUAAAAGGCUUGGAGAGGUGCAACAGUACUCCACUGUAGUUGGACUAACAACAAACUGCAUUUUGUACUGUCCUUUGGAAAUCUCGAAUUUGUAACAAACAAGGAGGAACAAUAGAAGCUUUCUUUUUUUUUUCUGAAGUCAAACAAUAGUCAGUAUGAAAUGUUACCUUGCCUCAGCAUGUUUCAGCUGUGAUAUAUUUAAAAGGUGGAGUCUUCAAUCUAUUCAAAUGCAGAUUAUUAUGUUUAAAUGUCCACUUCAGUCGUGAAGCUGUGAAGAAUAUUAGGCUCUCCCGGCCCAUUGUGAUCAAUCUAAAUUUAGCCAGAACUGGCCAUUUCAGUGGCCCUAACAAAUUUUUCAACCACAUUUAGACAUCAAGAGGCAUAUUUCAACCAUAUUAAACUGUUAUUUAGACAGAUGC